CGUCAUCUAUCGUGAAUGUCAAUGUCAACCAAACAAAAUUUACUUUCCGAUUUUGAGGUUAUUCGAUUGUUUGGGUUUGAGUGCAAUUUUAUUGAAUUAAAACGAGGGUUAAUCAAAUAAUAUGGCUAAACAUCAUCCUGAUCUUAUCUUCUGCAGAAAGCAGCCUGGUGUUGCUAUUGGCCGUUUAUGUGAGAAAUGCGAUGGUAAAUGCGUGAUUUGCGACUCGUACGUGCGACCCUGUACCCUCGUGCGUAUUUGCGAUGAAUGUAACUAUGGUUCAUAUCAAGGGAGGUGCGUUAUAUGCGGAGGGCCCGGUGUUUCGGACGCUUACUACUGCAAAGAGUGUACGAUUCAGGAGAAAGAUAGAGACGGAUGUCCUAAGAUUGUGAACUUAGGCAGCUCGAAGACAGAUCUGUUCUAUGAGAGAAAGAAAUAUGGGUUUAGGAGGCACUAGCAGUAGUGGACUUUUUUAGUUUUUUAUUAAAUACAUUUUUUUCCCUUACAUUUUUGUUUUGUCAAUUGUGAUUUAAAAAUUUUGUGAAUCAGCAUACUUUGCUUACAUGGAAUUGAAAUGAGUUAUUGAAAGUGUUACUGCAAAAAUCUAUUGAUGCAACUUAAUAUAGAAAUGGUAUGUAAAAUAAACCUCUGCCUUUUUGUACAAGAAUGUUUCAUGGGUCCAAUGAACACAAACCCAAAAUUGCAGACAAAUGUUGGUAUAAAUCAUACAGCCCAAAUGGAGUCUAACACCAACAUCCUGAGUGCAAUCCUCAUUGGAGAUGACAGACGAGUGUAGGCUCCUCCAAUGUUGCCAGAUGCCCUGUUUUUGGCUCGACAUCACAAUUUUUUACUCCAGAAUUUACAGUGCUGUCACUGAGUCUAAUUAAGUACCCAGGUAUUUUCGUGCAUUAUAAUGCAUGUAUAAUGUUUAAUGUAUAACCUUUUUUGCACACCUUAAUAAUUAAAUAAAUAAAAUGUUAGCCUUAAGGAAAUCAAUAUUGUAAUGUCUAAUAGAGUAGAAUUUUUACUAAAGUAUUGUUCAUGUAGAAUAGCCAUAAAGUUCAUUGCUCCCAUUUACCGAUGACAGAGAUUGACAACAUUCGGCUGCCAUUUUGUUUGACAGCCGCACAAUAUAUUUAUUUGAAAUUUGUUUUCUUUGUUAAUUUAUUUGUUUAAAAUGGAACCACGACCCGGUCCCUCUAAUGUGGAAAAGCCAAGACUACAGUGGUUAAAACGUAAAGAGUAACAAACCAACACAGUUAGGAAGAUAGAAUUAAUAUCGUGCACUAUUAAAUAAAUGUUGACGAUUUCUACUGUGAAUUUGUAUGAUCCCUACCCCAUACCAAGUUACCGUGUUUACAUAAUUUUGCGAUACAUUUCAUGUAUUCCGAAACUGUCGUUUUUGAAAUUGGGUAAACAUAGUACGCGGGUGUCAAUGGACUUUAUCGCCAACCUUAUAAAUUUGACUUUAUUAAAUGUAUAUGUGUAUUCUUUAUAGUACCCUACACAUUAUUAUUGUGGAUGAGAUAGUCUAAUCUUAAGGUAAAUUCAUAGAAAAGUCAUCAUAUUCAACAUAAUUUUUGUAACUUUUAACUUUUUAGCAAAUAAUGACUACAUUACCAGUUUUAUAUCUAAGUAUGUAACAUGUUACAUCAACUUAAAACUAUAUAUCUAGAAAAGUCAUUAUUGUUGUAACUUUCAGCAAAGAAUAAUUUUAUCUCUAAAUCGCCAAUUUUUAGUAAACCUAAUUUAACUGAGUAACAUCAACUUAAAACUAGAUAUGAUAAGAUUAAAAUAAAAGACUAAAUGUAA